AUGAAAUUCCAGCUGGGUCUAGUCGCCUUGACGGCAUUGGCCGCCGGUUCUACCGCGCUGCCAAAUGGCAGAGUCCGCCAACGAAGAAGCCUGAGUGAACAGGCCAGUCUUUUGACCACGAUCACGCCCAGUAACCAGACUGUGGCGGAGAUCGUUGCGGGCUGGGAUCUCGAGAACCUGACUGUGGCGGCGGUGCGCGUCCCACCGGUCAACUGGCCCCUUCCCAUGAUGAACAAGGAUUGGGAUGGGGUCAAACUUGACCUGAACGGCACCGUCGAGCUGGGGAUCCGUCUGAUUCAACAGGCUGCUGCGGCGAAUUCCCGUGUCAUUCACUUCCCGGAGGUUUGGUUCCCCGGUUAUCCUAAGGGUAUUAUCAACUCCGAUGUCCCGAACCCCUGGUUCGAAUACCACGUCAAAGAUUAUAUCGAGAACUCCUUGGUGGUCGGCAGCGACAACUGGAACAAAUUGGUGCAGGCGGCGGUUGAUAAUCGCAUCUACGUUGGACUCUCAUUCUCCGAGAAAGAUGCCGCCCAUCUGUACAUGGCGCAGUCCCUAAUCGCCCCCGACGGCGAGAUCCUCAUCCACCGACAUAAGCUGCGGCCCUCGGCCCAGGAGCGCGACCUCUGGACGGACGGCAAACUCGACCAGAUCUACGCGGUCAGCACCCCCAUCGGCCGCAUCGGCAUGCUCUCGUGCGGCGAGCAUACUACCCCCGAGGUCACCUUUAUCAUGCAGUCGCAGACUGAAGACAUCCAUCUUGGCUCGUGGCCGUAA